AUGGCAUCGGCGAAGGGGGGUGCAGCAAUUGCGCACACCUUGCUGUCGGCUGAAGCUCAGGUGGACUCUUGCGGCCGGGAUGGUGAAACUCCAGUGCAGCUUGCCAGCCUCAUGGGUCAUCACGACAUCGUUUGUGCCCUCCUCCAGGCCCGGGCUUCACCGGAUGCAGCUGCACGGGACGGAAAGCGUGCCUUGUCACACGCCUGUUACCGUGGACAUGUUCAAAUCGUGGAAAGCUUGCUGAGGCACCAGGCUUCGGCAUCGGCUGUGGAUCUUUCUGGGCGGAGUGCACUGCAUUGGGCUUCUUUGCAGGGAUGGCAGGAGGUUGUGGAUCAGCUGCUGCUGAGCCGAGCCUUGCUGGAUGCGCAGGACAGUCGUGGUUGGUCUCCCAUGCUUCUGGCCUCGCAGGUGGGUCACUUCGCGAUCGUGAAGAGAUUGCUGGAGGCCGAAGCUGCCCUGGAGAUGCAGGGCCUCGACGGUGAGACCGCCUUGAUGCUGGCGGCUCUCAAUGGUCAGCUGGAGGUCCUGCGACUGCUCGUUGCGUGGCGAGCCAAGCUGGAGGCUCGGGCCAACGACGGCCUCACGGCGCUGAAGCUGGCGGCAGAAGCUGGCAAUUUCGAGGCAGCAGAGCGGCUGGUGGCAUUGGGUGCUGAGGUGCCACCGGAGGGCUUGGCCAUUGAGGCCUCCAGCAUCUUACCAGGCCAAGGCCCCGGUGAUGAUGCACUGUCCUUGACUACGAGGCUGGCUCAGCAGCUUACCGACGAGCUCAUCUCAACGCGCGACUGCUACGACACUGCCCGGCGUUGGGGCUUCGACCCUGGCGAAGCUGGGUCCCAGCGGCUGUUGAACGCUGUCACCGCGGCUGGUGUGGAUACUACAAGACUGAAGGACCAUCUACUGGAGCUGGGCGUGAUUCAGGACCAGGAUGCGGACCGUGAUGGGCUCUUCGAUUGGGACGCUCUGAGUUGA